AAUAUUUUAUGCCUUGACUAGUAUGAACGACCAGGCGCAUCACCAAAAAGGAACUAUGAUGGUGAAUUUGCUGCAAGUCCAGUAAAUCAACAGAUUGACAUUCUUGAGCUGAAAGACUUGGAGAAAGAGUAUGUUCUUGCCCGGAGUCGUCUAACGUUAGCACAACAGGACCCCCCCUCAGCAGCUAUCGCAGGAGGUGCGUCUUCACAAGAGAUGGUUGCCCUGCUUGUCCAAACAGGUCUUUUUGACACAUCCCUGACGCUGUGUCAGACCUUUAACUUAUCCCUUACACCCGUCUUUGAGGGACUGACAUUCAAGUGUAUCAAACUGCAAUAUAAAGGUGAUCAGGACCAGACAGAGGUGUGGAACUGGCUUGCUGCCAAUCAGCUGCCAACUAUUAUUACUACUAAAGAGUCCAGCGCAACAGAUGAAGCUUGGCGGCUUUUAGCUCAUUAUUUGGAGAAGUAUCCCUCACAGAAUGCUCAAUAUCACCGUUCUGUCAUCAACAAGCUGCUGUCACAUGGAGUGCCAGUGCCUGAUUGGCUGAUCAAUGCCUACAAGGAAGUUGAUGCUGCAGCGCUGCUGCGUCUCUAUCUGAACUAUGAUCAUCUGGAGUGUGCAGCGGAGCUUGUACUGGAGUAUGUGGACGCUUUGCUUGGAAAAGGACAUCAGUAUUUUGGAGUAGAGCGGCCGCUUUCGGCUACAGCAUCUCUGGUGUGGCUGCCGUAUACAUCUAUUGACCAGCUCUUGAGAAACCUCAGUGAAAGUCAGAUCAAUGAAAAGAUGUACCAGAAUCUGAAAGAUAAACUAUCAGAAUAUCACAGACUGGUGGAUCAGAGCAGCAGACACAGACUUAUGGCCCGUUAACCACCGCUCACAGUCUCCUUAGUAUGAGUAAUGUAGAUGAAAAUGAAGUUUGGUUGUGGCGUGUAGACGUUUGAUGUCCCAUGCUAACAAUGUAUGGAAAACUUAUUAACUCCAUCAAUGAUUUGAUGUCAGUUCAGUCUCUUGAUAAGAUAAAAUGUGUAUUUUUAUAAAGACACUGUUAAAAACAUCUUAAUCUUUGUAUGUUGUUCUCUUGAUUUAACUGGUGUGAUUUGAAUUAGCAAUGCAAUAAAACAGUUUUGUUUAA